AUGUUGUCGAGGAUCCUAACUCCCCCCCCCCCUCCGUGAGCGAACAAAAAAAUUUUGUUCGCUCACGGAGGGGGGUUAAUUUUUUUUUUUAAAAAAAAUUUAUAUAUAAAUUUUAUAAAAAAUAUUUUUUUCGAAAUUAAAAAAAAUCCUAAUUUGCAAAAAUUGGGAAGCAAAUAUUAAUUUAAUUUGCAAAAUUUAUGUUUUAAAACGCAAUUUGUUUAAAAUUAAACAGAAUUAGCUCUAGAUUUCAUUAUACUAAUUAUCACUUAUAUAUCAAAAUUUUUUUCCAUUAAAAUUUUUCUAUUAAAAAAAUUUUUGUUCACUCACGGAGGGUGGGUUUUUUGGUCAAAAAAUGGCGAUUUUUUCUAAUGGUUUUGUUCGCUCACGGAGGGGGGGGGGGGAGUAAGAAACUUUGCUACCGAAAGAGCUGCAUACAAACCAAAAUACUUCAACCAAGAUCAAAUAGACUUCUAUAACAGAGAAGGCUUCGUUGUAGCUAAACAAGUCCUACCAAGAUCUAUCACCGACAACCUACAAAAGUGGGCGAGAGAAAUGGAGGAUCUCCCAGAGACUCCAGGGAAAUGGAUGAAAUACUUCGAAGUUACUAAAGGACAACGACUUUUGUGUCGUGUCGAGAACUUCCUUCCAUUUUUCCCUGAACUCAGAGAGAUCUCCUACGGGAUGGUUACCGAUAUGAGUUCUGACUUGUUUGGAGAACAAGCUGUCAUCUAUAAAGAAAAAAUUAACUUCAAGUUUCCACAAGGAAGCGGCUUCGCUGCUCACCAAGAUCAGCCAGCCUUCGUAAGCUUCGGUUGCAAGAAACUGUUGACCGUCUUACUCCCAAUUGACGCCAACACCAGACAAUCAGGAGGUCUUGAUUUCGUUCGCCAGCAUCACAUUCCGGCCGAAAUUCUUCCUCAAAACUCCGACGGCUCACUCCGCACAGACAUUGAGGCCAAGCUUAACUGGAUUCCUCUUGAUGCCCAUGGCGGUGACUUGGUCUUUUUUGACAGCUAUGCUCCACACAGAAGUGAUGUGAACACAUCCGCAUCUACAAGAAGAAACUUGUAUCUUACUUAUAACCCUCUAUCACAUGGGUCUUGGAGAGACAAGUAUUAUGAGGAAAAGAGAAGAGUCUUCCCUCCAGAGUGUGAAAGGGACCCUACUAAAGACUACAGUGAAGGUGCUAAAGUUUUCAAUGUGGCAAACCCUAUUAAGUAA